AUGAAGGAUAGCGGAAGUGCCACAUCAGCCCCUCGUGAAAUGAUGAAUCGCCGCCUUAUCCAUGGAAGCCAAGGACUCACAGAAGUUACUUUGUUUUCUGGGCAGGACCAUCAAAAACCACUCGUCCAACUCAUCACGAUAAUGCCCAUGGCAGCAAAUACGCUGGAGGAUUCAAGAUAUUACGAUGAGGGCUCCCACUCUAUCAACGCGGCUUGGUGGACAUCUCAGCAGUAG